AUCAGUGAGAAGCAGGUCAGUUACUUCCGGUAUAGUAACGUCUGGUGUUGUUGUCAAAAUGGAUGAACAUCUUCAUAACCUCCACCAUCACCACCAUCACUUCUCUCUGUGUUUCUGCGACCUGAUGAGGUUGUUAUGGUCCCUGGUGGUCCCCUGUGUGUACCUCAGCCUGGUCCUGACUCUGCUGCUGCUGCUGCUCCUGAUGGGGGUCCGGUGGCUGCAGGGCCGCCAGAAGGCCCGCCGGGCUCAGGACGACGGCCCCGCGGUGGCUUUCUUCCAUCCGUACUGCAACGCCGGAGGAGGCGGGGAGCGGGUCCUGUGGUGCUCCCUGAGGGCCCUCAUGAACAGAUACCCAAACUUCUCCUUCGUGGUGUACACGGGUGAUCAGGGAGUGACGGGCGAGCAGAUUCUGGAGGGAGCCCGACAGCGUUUCAACAUCACGCUGCCUCGACCUAUCACCUUCAUGUUCCUGCGUCACCGCGCGCUGGUGGAGGCGGGGUCUUACCCUCACUUCACCCUGCUGGGCCAGAGCGCCGGGUCCAUGUUCCUCGGCUGGGAGGCUCUGACGGCGUUUGUUCCCGACCUGUACGUGGACUCGAUGGGUUACGCCUUCACUCUGCCCAUCUUUCGUUACCUGGGAGGAUGUAAGGUGGCGAGCUAUGUUCACUAUCCUACGGUCAGCACCGACAUGCUGUCUGUGGUCAGAGAGAGGAACCCCAGAUUCAACAACGCCGACUUCAUCUCCGGAAACCCGGUGCUGAGCGCCGUGAAGGUGGUGUAUUACUGCUGCUUCGCCCUGCUGUACGGCCUGGUGGGCUCCUGCAGUGAUGUUAUCAUGGUGAACUCCACCUGGACGCUGGGACACAUCCUGGCUCUGUGGCGCUCCCCGAGCCGCACCAGCAUCGUGUACCCGCCCUGCGACGUCAGGGCGUUCCUGGACGUCCCCCUGGAGGACGAGGACGAGGUGGAGGAGGAGGAGGGCUGGGAGGAGCUGGGACAGGAGCUGGGGAGCAAAGAGGAAGGAGUCGGAGGAGGUGACAGGAAGUGCCACUCCAUCGUCUCCGUGGGCCAGUUCCGGCCUGAGAAAGACCACCGUCUGCAGAUCCGGGCGUUUCGUAAACUGCUGGACAGGAAGGGGGAGGGGCCUGGGGCACAGGAGUCUCUGCGGUUGGUGCUGAUUGGUGGAUGCAGGAAUCAGGAGGACGAGGAGCGGGUGCUGAUGCUGCGGGGGCUCUGCGAGGAGCUCGGAGUGUCCGCCCACGUCGACUUCAAACUCAACAUCCCGUUCGAGGAGCUGAAGAGGGAGCUGGUGGGCACGAUCGGCCUGCACACCAUGUGGAACGAACACUUCGGCAUCGGUGUGGUGGAGUGUAUGGCCGCAGGAACCAUCGUCCUCGCUCAUAAAUCUGGCGGUCCAAAGCUGGACAUCGUGGUUCCCUUUGAGGGCGAACAGACGGGCUUCCUGGCCGACAGUGAGGACAGCUACGCCGCUGCCAUGGAGACCAUCCUGGCUCUGUCUCCUUCAGCGAGACUGGAGAUGAGACGAAACGCCCGGCGAUCCGUGGAGCGAUUCUCUGACCAGGAGUUUGAGACGUGUUUCCUGUCUGCCACGGAGACGCUGAUGAGUAGACUGCAGCGAUGAAGACGAGCGGAGGAAAACUGGAACCAGGGACGAGGACUUUUACUCUUAAUUUCAUGAGUCGAGCUGCAGGGAUGAUCGGAGUGAGCAGGAAGAGCGAUUCUUGUCCAUCCAGUCCUUAUUAUGACAAAUAAUCAAAAACAAAAACACACAGGAGACUUCCAGCGACAUGCAUGCGUCGGACUCAUCCGUCUUCAGCUGUUUGUUUUCCACCUUAAAGACGAAGAAGAAGAAGCCGUCGGCUCAUCUCUGACAGGAAGUCUCAUUCUCUUCAAACUAAAAGUCUGCAACUAUAUAAAACUCCUCUUUAAGUUUCCUUCAUGAAGAUAUUUUAGUUUUUAAUAGAAAACAGAAUAUUCACUUUAAACCGUCAGCUGACGAGACGUUUGGAAACGGCUUCAUGUUCCUCUAACUUUCUGUUUAAUCCCAGUGAGACGUUUAGAGCGAGGAGCUGAAACACGUUCAGGAGAAUUUUGUUGGUUUUCUUUGCAGGACUUUAAACAGAUUAUAAUAUUUAUGAGAUGUGACCCAGGAUCUGUUAAAGCUGACAUCAAACUGCUCGCCCGCACAAAGAGAGAAACGGACGUCUAAAAGUUUGAAAGUUUCCUGAUCAGGUCGUCCCGGACUCACACGUGUCAAAGUGUCGCGCUUGAGCUCAGAUUUAGACAAAGCUGAAACUGAAUUCUUGUAUAGUUUUCUUCAUCGACCAUCUUUAUUUACCUGAAAUACAGGGUUGUCCCAAAACCAGAAUUCAAAACUUUAAUAAGAUUCUCAUAAAAUCCUCCGGUACUGUGUGCUCGCUUUCAUGAAGCGUUUGUGCGCUGAGAAGAAAAGCGCUGCACGUCUGUCCUGUCUCUAUGACAACAGUCUGUUGACAACAGGUGCUGUAUGGCCGACUCUGCUCCAUUAAUUUUUACUGCAUGUUUAAUAUUUGAGGUCGUUUAUUUACCGAUCAGACAGGGAGCGAGGAGGGAGUGAGUACAAGAUACGAUCCACAGGAGACAAAACGUACAUACAUUUGGAAAAGAGCGCCAAUGACGUCAACAGCGUCUUUCUGAGCUCUCGGAACGGCAGCACAAAAAAGGAGGAGCGGGUUUGGGGAAAAAAAACACUGGGCACUGCGCUUUCUGCUGCAAACUCUACUCAUUGAAAAUAAUUCGGAAACAAACUGUAUGAGGUCAGAUAAAAAAAACAUCAGGUGUACACAGGGCCUGAGACGUGUGUGAUCUCAUGUUUAGACCCAAUGCCGCCUAAAAACAGCCUCAAAGCUGAGUAAUGUUUGAAAAUAAAAGCUGAAGGUUUCAACGUUUACUCAAAUCUUUAUUUCUCUGCUUCUUCUGCAGCUAAACACAUCAUAUUAAAAGCUUAAACUACAGACCUUUGUCACUGCACUAAAGUUCAUUUACAUUUUUUAAAAUCAUCAAAAACAACACGUGUCGAUGUUGCAUCUGCUCUUAAAGGUAGAAGCACGGCAAUGUUGACUCCGGUCUAAAUGGGUCAAAGGUUUAAAUUACACAAAAACGCUGACAUGUUUUUGUUCAGUUUAACUCUGCAGGAGUUUGGCUGCAUCUUUUCAUGAACCAUUUCAGAGUGCAAUUCCACUACAGCGCUGUAACUGAGGUGAUAUUGGCGUCACAUUGUGGUAUGUUUUUGUGCAGGAGCGUGUUUGAAAUUUGAAUAACUGAAAAAAGAUUUGUGUUGUCUAGAACUUAGUUUUUUUAUUACUGUGAUAUCAAACCGGUUUCUUUAUCGUUUGAGUUUUCCUAGAAUGAUAUUAAAGUUUACAUUUCUGGUAUCAUGACAACCCUAAGUUAGCCAACAGGUUCCCCUCCUCAGCCUUUAUGCUCAGCGAGGAUGAAACAGAUUCUAGCGAAGGUGACGAGGACGAGGACGCACUUUAUUGAAAAUGUUCCUUUAAACUUGAACUGAGAGGAGAAAUUCAUUCCGAGACAAAGACGCACAGUGUCCUCUCAAAGCGAGCGAUCUGGGAUUGAUACUGAUGUGGUGAUGUUUUUGUUAUAAAUUGAUGUACGAAGUUAAACACAGACUUUGGAAGUUCUGUGAGAACGUUUAGAAGCACUUUGCGUUCAGAUGAAGGCCAAAUUUGUGUGUGGAGUUCAUGUUGAUUCACUUCCUGCAUUCCUGUUUGUGAUGAGGUCCGGGCACCGAGACUUGUUUGUGUGUAAAAUAUGAAAGAGCCUUUAUUUUGAAAGAUAUGUUACUAUUUAAACCUGUCCGAAAGGAGACGGCGUCCAAUGAGAAACUGAAUUCACUUUAAACUUUUUUCUGCAAUUAAAACAAUCAUCAAACACUU